CAAAUAUAUUAACCCUCACAUUCUUGGUCCCAGGAAAGACAACUCAAUGGAAGUGGUGAAUUAUUUACACAAAAAUAUCCAAAAUUGAGAGUUCGACUUGUUGACGGAAGUGGCUUAGCAACAGCAGUUGUUCUCAAGAGCAUCCCUUUAGAUACAAAGCGGGUGUUUCUCUGUGGAGGCAGUUCUAAGGUAGCACAUGCCACAGCUACAGCUUUAUGCGAGAGAGGUGUCCAGGUAAUCAUGAACCAAAAGAAGGAAUAUGACAUGCUUAAAUUGCGAGUUGCAGAGAGCAGCACUGCCUAUCUGAAAUUCUCCAGUGAUGAGAUACCUCAGAUCUGGAUAGGAGAUAUCAUAAAUGAUAAGCAACAAAUGGGGGCACCAAGAGGAGCAACAUUUAUUCCUACAUCACAGUUUCCCUUUAAGAAGAUACGCAAGGAUUGCACUUACUUGAGUAACCCUGCAAUGAAGAUCCCAGAGGCAAUGCAGAACGUCCAUACCUGUGAGAAUUGGCUUCCAAGAAGGGUUAUGAGCGCAUGGCGCAUUGCUGGAAUGGUACAUGCACUAGAAGGUUGGGGCAUCCAUGAGUGUGGAGAUGAUAUGAUGGACAUCGAGCAAGUUUGGUCGGCAGCUAUUAAGCAUGGAUUCAUUCCUCUAUAAAAAUCUGGAUUCUUCUGAAUCCUCCCAUAUAUGUUACACAAUAAUGAUGAGCUGCAGUGUUAUGGGAUGUCAGAUAUGCUUAUUGGCUUAGUAGCUUCAAUGGGCAGACAUGUAUUUGGGUAGAAAGCCCUAAAGAUGGCAUCGAUAGCAAAAACUAAUGAGUACAUGAAAUGUAUGAAUCGCCAACUCACAGAAACUCAUUAAAGCAUGUUACCCAUUAUCAGUGACAUUCAGUUUGAACUGUAAAUGGCCAUGGAAUAAGACAAUUCAAAGAGAGAUCCAACACACUUUGGGUUUUUUCUAUCA